GUCUGAAUGAUUUGGUUUUUUCAUAUUCCUCUUCAAGGAUCGAUGCAAAAGAAAUGAUUACAUCGGAAAGUAUAACCUAACAAGGAAGAUUUCCUUCCAAGAAACAUAAAAAGAUGAAGCAGAAUCGACACUAUUACUUCUUUGUAACUUUGAUCUUCUUCUUCGUCUCUGGUCUGGUGCUUUCAGCACUAGGUGUAAAUAGCUGUCCUGAGGGGUGGACCAUGUUUGGAAAUGAUUCUUGUAUCUCCAUUUCAUCUGAAAGUUCUUCGUGGGUGGAAGCGAACAAACAUUGCACUGGUCAUAACAACUUAACUGAAUUGAUAAAUAUUAGAGACGUUAAAGAAGAACUUCUUCUGGCUGAAAUACUACGAAAUCUGACGCUAAAGGCGAACAAAACAAGCAAGUUCUACAUAGGUCUAGAAGGGCGCAAAUGGAAUGAUUCCAAUCAAUUUAAUUUUACCUGGACUGACUCUAAGAAUCUGUACAAUUUCACRAACUGGCGAAUCAUUAAUGAGACCAACUGUACUGUGUUUAAUGUUGGCGACCGAGUGUGUUUAUACUUUGAUACUGAAGUUUCAACUUGGAGACUGGGAAACUGUACGAGGAAAGAGCGAUAUGUUUGUAAACAGACCUUGAUUAAAGCUCCUGUUUCUUCGAUAUGUAAAAAAGGAUGGCAUGAAAUUUCAAAUUUCUGUAUUUUCGUCUCGGAGAAAAACACCUCUGGAUACAGUUAUGGAAAAUCUUGUAACCAAUUCGACAACCGAAGCUAUCGUGUAUGGAUUAAUAAUCAAGACAAAGACAAUGAAAUUAUCAAUGUUUUAAAGAAUGCUGUCAAGACUUCCUCUGAGUUUUAUAUUGGACUCGUCCGAUAUAAACAUGAGAUGAAGUUCUACUGGAAUACUGGAUUAAUGUACAAUUAUACAAACUGGUACUCUAUUAACGAGACUAGAAGGACUGCUGGCAAUGGUGAAAGCCGCUUAUGUGCUUAUUACGGCUUGAAUUACAAAUGGCGUCUUGAUAGUGGCUGUUCAAAACCAAGGAGAUAUAUUUGUUCAAUACAAAUCAAUCAAUCAUCUCCAUCAUCAAAGCCAAAAACGCCUGACACUUUGACGAACAUUACUGUAGGUCCCAAAACUACUAUUUCGAAAGAGACCAUUGAUACAAGGUCCACUACAACAGUGCCUAUCACAACGAAGACCGUAAGUACUGGGCCUACUUCAUUAGGGUCCAGUACUUCACCACUUACUAGUGCACAGUCCACUAGUGCGGGGCCCACAACAGGCAAGAGAUAUACAAUUGUGGCUCCUAAUCCUCCACAAGUUGUAGUAACACCUACCACGCCRUUAGAGACCWCRACAGCCAUUCCAGGAGAAAAAGUGGGAGAGCUUAUAAACAUGAGAAUUCAAGAGCUGAAAGGAAAAAAGAUUAGCGAUGAUGAAGCAACAAAAGAAUUAGAGGAAACCAAAAAUAUAAUUAAAAAUGUUAAUCUCGCAGAAAUGGUAAGAAAGUAG